CCGGUCGCCGCCGCCGCGCGCUGCCCGGCGGACGCCGCUCCCCGCUGUCAGCGGCGCGCCGCGCUCCCCGCCCUCGGCGCGCGCUGUCAGCGUCUCGCGGGCAGCCGGCGGCGCCGUUAAGCGGCGGCGGGUUCCUGCUUCCGUCUGCGCGCCCCGGAGCCCCCUCCCCUCCCUCCGUCCCUCCCUCCCCUCGCCGCCCCUCCGCUCUCCCCGGCGCCCCCGCGCCCGGCACCUCGGCAGCGGCAGCGCGGGCCUCGCCAGCGGCGCCGGCUCUCGAGGAUUAACUAAGCUUCAAAAUGAAAGUGAGGAAGAAGAGUCACUAGAAGUAUUAAUUUGAACAAUAAUUAUUGCUGGUUGCUGCUCUUAUGAAAAAUACGAAAAUAGCAGAUGUAUCUGGUCCAGGCUUUGAGUAAACUGAAGUUCUCCUUGCCUUCUAUAGAAGAACAAAAAGAUAGAGAGUUAGAAUUGCAUCUGAGAUGCCUCUGUGGAUGCCAAUUACAGGAUCAAGAUCUAAGUUAGGGGUGUGAAGCGGGAACAAUAAGUCCUUGAAUAAAGAAAGGCUGAGUUAUACCAGCAGCAGCAAGUGAUACAGAUGUUUCACUGUUCUGCCCUGUGAACACAGCUUUAUUUAUUACACUGAAUAAGCCUGUUCUGAGUAGUGCGGUCUGCAUUUGUUUUAAAUAUUAUUUCACUGGCUGCUGGACUAGUGGAGUUACUUGUUUAUCUCAAAGCCUAAGAUGCAGUUGUGUUUGUUUCCUACUGUUAUGGCAAAGAAUAUAUACAAAGAAUGAUACAAUAUUAAUGCUUUCUAUGUACAGCCACAUAAAGAUCUUCUCUAAGGAGUUGCUGCAGGACGAACACUGAGAAUAAUUUUUCUCCAGUACAAUGUGGUGAAGCAGAGCGAUUGAAAUUGUCCGCUUUUGUACAGGCUAAGGACUUAAAAUGUUUGUUAUUUUGUGAGAACAAGCAGUUUUUGAGUGAACUGAACAUCUGAAAAUGCGGCCAUGGACUGGUUCUUGGCGUUGGAUUAUGCUCAUCCUCUUUGCUUGGGGAACUUUACUCUUUUAUAUUGGUGGACAUCUGGUACGAGACAGUGAGCACCCAGAUCACUCUAGUCGUGAAUUAUCCAAGAUACUUGCUAAACUUGAACGUUUAAAGCAGCAAAAUGAAGACUUAAGACGGAUGGCAGAAUCUCUCAGGAUACCAGAUGGUCCAAUUGAUCAGGGACCAGCUGCAGGAAAGGUACAUGCUUUAGAAGAGCAACUUUUAAAGGCCAAAGAACAGAUAGAAAACUAUAAGAAGCAGACAGGAGAUGGAGGCCUGGGAAAAGACCAUGAAAUACUGAGGAGGAGGAUUGAAAAUGGGGCUAAGGAACUUUGGUUUUUCCUCCAAAGUGAAUUAAAGAAGUUGAAAAAUCUGGAAGGAAGUGAACUGCAAAGACGCGUUGAUGAAUUUCUGUCUGAUUUGGGUCAUCAGGAAAGGUCAAUAAUGACCGACUUGUACUACCUCAGUCAAACAGAUGGAGCGGGAGAUUGGCGAGAAAAAGAGGCCAAAGAUCUAACAGAUCUGGUACAGAGGAGAAUAACUUACCUUCAGAACCCCAAGGAUUGCAGCAGAGCUAAGAAACUCGUGUGUAAUAUCAACAAAGGCUGUGGCUAUGGCUGUCAACUUCAUCAUGUAGUCUACUGCUUCAUGAUUGCUUAUGGCACUCAGCGAACACUCAUUUUGGAGUCUCAGAAUUGGCGCUAUGCUACUGGGGGCUGGGAAACUGUUUUUAGGCCUGUAAGUGAGACAUGCACUGACAGAUCAGGUACCACCACGGGACACUGGUCAGGUGAGGCUAAUGAUAAGGAUGUCCAGGUGGUGGAACUUCCCAUCGUUGACAGUUUACAUCCACGGCCACCUUACUUACCGUUGGCUAUCCCUGAAGACCUGGCUGAUAGGUUAAUUCGUGUCCAUGGGGAUCCUGCAGUGUGGUGGGUCUCGCAGUUUGUCAAAUACUUGAUUCGUCCGCAACCUUGGUUAGAAAAAGAAAUAGAGGAAGCCACAAGGAAACUUGGUUUCAAACAUCCAGUGAUUGGUGUUCACGUCCGAAGGACAGACAAAGUAGGAACAGAGGCAGCAUUUCAUCCCAUUGAAGAGUAUAUGGUGCAUGUUGAAGAACGGUUUGAACUUCUUGCCCGCAGAAUGCACGUUGACAAAAAAAGAGUAUAUUUGGCUACAGAUGACCCUUCUCUGUUGCAAGAGGCAAAGUCCAAGUAUCCAAAUUAUGAAUUUAUCAGUGAUAACUCCAUAUCCUGGUCAGCAGGACUUCAUAAUCGAUACACUGAAAACUCCCUAAGAGGUGUUAUUCUGGAUAUCCACUUCUUGUCUCAAGCAGACUUCUUGGUCUGUACAUUUUCCUCACAGGUUUGUCGAGUCGCCUAUGAAAUUAUGCAGACGUUGCAUCCAGAUGCUUCAGCAUAUUUCCACUCUUUGGAUGACAUCUACUAUUUUGGGGGACAGAAUGCCCACAACCAGAUUGCUAUUUAUGCUCAUCAUCCACGAACUGCUGAUGAAAUUCCUAUGGAACCUGGAGAUAUAAUUGGAGUAGCUGGAAACCACUGGGAUGGUUAUUCAAAAGGCAUCAAUAGGAAAUUAGGAAGAACAGGCCUGUACCCAUCCUAUAAAGUUAAGGAGAAAAUUGAGACAGUCAAGUACCCGACAUACCCAGAGGCUGACAAGUAGAACAAAAAGAAGAGACUCGACAGUAACUCUCAAUUCCGAUUGGUUCAAGCCAGUCAACAUACUAACGGUUUAUAUGGGAUUUGAAUUUGCAUUUUAACAUGUAGUUAAAAUGAAAGCGUUUAGUACUGAAGCUGGAUAAGAACCUGAGAACAAAUGGAUGGGCUAUUAUUUGAACUUGCUCUUAAACAUUUUUUUAUGUUAUAUGCACUCUCACACAUGCACACACAAAACCACAUGCAACAGGAAAACUGUUGUUUUAUACUAUUUGUCUCUUUUCAAGAUUUGUCCCAGUCAUUAAUCUUACGUGAGCUUUGGGCUCUUUUCUCUGCCAUUAAUUGACAAUAAUACUCAGACUUAUAACACUGCCACAUUGUGUAAUAUGAGUGACAUGAACAUAUUUUGUAUGUACAAAAUUUAAAACAUGGUGCCUAUAUUUGAAAGAUUUGUGACCUUUUUAGGAGAGCCAUGCCUGUUUCACUAAUGGGCAAGAGUCGAUCUUUAACUGGUGUUACCGUGACCACUGAACUUGCUUCAAACAACAGAUUGAAGUUUCAGACUAGAUUUCUUUCUUUGCAAGUUUAUUUUUAGCAUUCCAUUGAUUACUACACAUCAUUGUUAAUAAAAUAAAGGAUACAUCCAACAAUAAAAUAGUCACCGUCUGUUAGGAACUUUUGUAAAACAAUGCCAUAAACAAAUUCUUUAGUACUGAUCAUCGAAUUUUUAAACACUCAUCAUGCAGUGCAACAACUGCCAGUGAGUGGCACAGCGUGUUUCAGUUCUGCAGACAAUGCGUUUCAGCAGGGUGACUUCCGUGGCUCAAUUUUUUACAUUAGCACUAUUCUUUUACCAUCUCUGUUUCUCUUCUGAAAGCCUAGUUUUUUUAGGGCACUAGAGAGAGCCAUUUAUCAUUUUGGCAUUGAAUGUAGUUGCUUUGAAGUAAGAUAUUCCAGGUUAUCCUAUUUAUAAAACUUGUCACUCAAGAUGUGAUUUCAGAAGAGUGAGUAGAUGCUGGUCUCACUGCCUUAGUACUCAAAGAAUCUAACAAUUUACCCAGAAAACAGUAGGUUUCAAUAAAAUAUAAACAAGGGUGAAUUUUUAUGCAUGACAUCAAAUUGUUAGUCAUUCUUCCUGUUUUGAGAUCUGUUAAUAGUAACAGAUCUCUAUUGCUGUCUAUUAAGAAAGGUGACAAUUUGAAAACCUAAUUUUAGGAUAAUUUAAACUAAUUUAGGUACAGAUUUGUAGAUUUGGGGCUUUAUAGAUAUAGGUACAAAAUAUUAAGAGAUUAUUUCCAAAUAGAGAAAAAAAUAUGAAUAGCAUUGCAAAGUCUCUAGAGUCUGAUCUGGAAUAGUGAAAGUGCUGAAAAUGUUUACUAGGAUGUACAGGCAAUGGAGAAAAUGCCAUGUGAGAAGAGAUUAAAAAAGCAUGGCUUGUUUGACCUUAACAAAACAAAAGCUAAAAUAAUACUUUAAAUAUACUUAUAAAUAGAUAAAAGACAACAUUGACAUAAGAACAAAUGGAUGCAGUUGACCAUGAAUAAGUUUUAGGCUGAAAAGUAGGAGGAAAUCCCUGGGGGUGUGAAGUUCCACAGCAGUCUUCUAAUCGAAAUAGUGGUGGUAAGAUGGAACUCGAUCUGUAUAUAGAGGAAUUAACUAACGAAUUCUCUGUGACAUCAAUUGCAGGACUGAUCCAGCAGAUCCCUUCCAGUUUUAUGUUCCUCAUCCGAAAAAAUCUUUUGUAUGUUGAAAAUGAAUAACAAAAUUAAAGAUGAAAACUACUGUAAAGAAAAGGAAAAAAUGUCUGUUACUGGUAUCAAAUAGGAAUCUAAAUAAAGAUGAGCAUAGAAACCAAAUAUUUUAGAAGAAAGUUUGAAGGAUAAAGACAAAAUAGGUAAGAGUGGCAGAAGAAUGCUAAAGGAUAUGUGACUGAAGCUUUUUUUUUUUUUUUUUUUUUUUUUUUUUUUUUGAACUGCAGGGAAAACAGUUUGUUUCCUAUCUAAGUGAUUCUGAUAGAUUUUCCACCAACUUAGCUAAACUUGUGGUAUUUUAGAGGUACAACUGUAGGCUAAAUAAUUUUUUCUUAAAUUUGAGUGAAAUAUAUAAACCUAUUUUGGUAAUUUGCUUUUUAACUUAAAAAAGAAAUCUUCCUGAAAGAUUAGUUCAGUGCUUUUUAUCAUUGGGUAAAUUAAUUUUUAAUUAUUUCCCCACAAAUAUUACAAUAUUUAUUGAUAUUUUUAGAUUUGGUAGAUGUGUAUGUUUUCAAAGCUCUUAACCUACAGCUUCACACCUCAUCAUUUCCAGCUCAUUUCUUUGAGAGUGAUGCAGAAAUAACGUUCAUAAGUUAACAUAUGAAAAUUCCUCCAAUUGUCAGGUAAGUUGGCUAAAAAUGUCACUGAAUAUGGUAAAUAACAGAACAUCUAAGACAAGUGCAAUGGCAAGAGCAGAUCUUCUUAUGUAGCCACCAGAGAACUGAAAACACGGAUGCUAUAGAAGAAAUAGCCUUGUAAUUUAGCAAUUGCACAACAAAGUAGAAAGUUGACAAAGUAUUUGGCCCAGUAAAUGUGCCUCUCCUUACAUAUUGUAAGUACCUAAUGAAUAAUUAGUUCUUUAUGUUUGAGAAAAUGAUGUUUAAAUAGUAUGAAAUAAUAAAAUUAUUAUUAACAAUUAAGAAAUGUAUUACCGUAGGUGCCCUGACCUUGUUCCCUUGAGUCAUAUGAUCCUCUAGUACUCAAAUGCGGUAUUUCUCAGAAGAAAUUUAGCAAUAGGCUUGUUAGAUGCAUCUUUCUCUAGAGAUCUGUUUCCUUUAGGAGUACCCCAGUUGUUUAAGUCUUGGAAUCCUGGGACCUUGGAACAUAAAAAAGAAUUUGUUUUAUAUUAAACAAAAUGAAUAUUAGAGACUUGAUUCUCGAUUACCAUGAAGUCCUGGUGGUAUGGAAGGAUACAUGGGUAAUUGAAAAUGAGACCCCUGAGUUUUUAUUGUAACUUACAGAAAAGAGAAAUAACAAGAAAUAAAAAUAUUUUCUGUCAGAUAUCUGAAAGUUGAUCAUUUGAAAGUUGUUCACUCAUUAAGAUACCAGCUGAAAUGCUUACAAGCAAGCAAUUAUGCCUCUUGUUUAUUCCAUUUACUUUGUAGUUCUUCAACAAACAAGCGUCAUUUUUCCCUAAUAUCAAAGCAAGUCGGACAUGUCCCUAAAACAAAGACAACCCUAAUAUUUUCUUAAACAAGCUAAUGCUUAAUUAAAUUUUUCCUCUUUAAGAAGCA